GCAGUCUCUGUUCCAAUGGCUGAGGAGAAUUGGACAACAGUGGAUGAGUUUGUCCUCCUGAGCUUCUCUGCCCUGCAACCUGAGCUCCAACUCCUGCUCUUCAUACUCUUUCUCACCAUUCAACUUGUCACCUUGUUGGGCAACACCCUCAUUAUAGUGGUGACUACUGCUGACUCAGCCCUACACAGUCCCAUGUACUUCUUCCUCAGGAAUCUUUCUGUGUUAGAGAUUGGCUUUAAUAUGGUCAUUGUACCCAAGAUGCUGGGGACCCUAUUGGCUCAUGAUGCAACCAUUUCCUUUCUUAGCUGUGCCACUCAGAUGUAUUUCUUCUUCUUCUUUGGGGUCUCAGAGUGCUGUCUCCUGACCACGAUGGCAUAUGACCGCUAUGUGGCCAUCUGUGAUCCCUUGCGCUACCCAGUUAUCAUGAGUCACAGGGUCUGUGUCCAUCUGGCUGCUGCUUCAUGGCUAUCAGGUCUUCCUGUGGCCACUGUACAGGCCACAUGGCUCUUCAGCUUCUCAUUCUGUCAUUCUAAUAAGGUUGACCACUUUUUCUGUGACAGCCCACCUGUGCUAAAUCUGGUCUGUGGAGACACAACCUUGUUUGAGGUCUACGCUAUUAUAGGGACCACUGUGUUUGUCAUGACACCCUGCCUCUUUAUACUGAGCUCUUAUGCCCGUAUUGUUGCUGCCAUCCUCAAGAUGCCCUCAGCUGAGGGGAAGCGCAAAGCCUUCGCUACCUGCUCUUCUCAUCUUGUUGUAGUAUCCCUCUUCUAUGGAUCUCUUAGCCUCCUGUAUUUUCGGCCCAAGUCCAAUAACUCUCCUGAAAGCAAGAAAGUGCUUUCACUAUCCUAUACAGUAGUGACCCCCAUGUUGAAUCCCAUCAUCUAUAGCCUGAGGAACAAUGAAGUAAAGGCAGCACUUUCUAGGACCUUCCUCAGAGCAAUAAGAUUUUGCAAACUAUGA